AUGUGGUCCAACGUCAUCUCUCCGGGUGUGGAGGACAAUCGAACAAUCCAUUUGGGCAUGCCUCCCAGGACCUCCACAAAGUAUGGAGUAAACUGCUUCUUCAAUGAAAAACCACUGAGGGAGUGGGAGGCUGCCAAUUCCGCGAAACGAGGCCUAUCAGUAGCACUGCGCAGAGUGGACCCUGCAGUUCUCUUGCAGGAGGACAAAACAAUUCUGCGGCCUGGUCAACUGCGAGCAUUUGCGCUCUGCGAGGAUCCCAGGGUCCGAGUCAUACCGCGGAUCAUCACUGAUGAGGAAGUCCAAGCGCUCCUUGCACUUGCACACCCUCCUGCAGACUCGGAGGCAAUCGACCCCGAGAUCUAUGCGAGUAUCGAACAUUGCAUUGCUGCGGCGGCUGGCCGACCUGUGGAGAAGAUGGAACCUUUGAAAGGUGCCGCCGAUCUGAUCUCUUCCCUUCCAGAUCUGAGGAUUCAGAGCUUUGUGGGUACCGCAGCUUUGAAGCAGCUCAACUCCAGGAUGCAAAUCAAACAGCCUGGCUCGCGACAGUGA